UCCCCUGAUGAUACGGAAAGCCAUUUGAAAGUAGGGAUUGGAAAAGUUUUCUCCAUAAAAUAGAAAUUUCCGAUCGCGGACUCCACGCAAAACUUCGUGAUUGUCGUGCAAUCCCAAUUUUGGAUCAUUCAAAAUGGCGACCAGCACAGCUGAGACUGCCAACGACGUCCGCGGCACUAUGACCGGAGCGGAAAUUGCCAUUUCUCGAAGUUAACGAUCCAACCACACCCCUACCUCGAAGAGCUGUGCUUGGAACAACUCCUCUUCCUGCCAAAAAACAAAAUCCAAAACGGAGUCUGGAAAUUUGAAACCUUCCAAAACUCUCCAGCCAUUUCGGAGCCUUCAACAAACUCAAGUCAAGUUAAGGUGUCUCGUCCUACAGACACAAUUUUUCUACUUUUUUAGCAGCUGCACUUUUGUCGGACUUGUUUUGUCACCAUGAUGCCGAAACGGCGCCAGUGUAAAAUCAUCAUCGCCACGUCGCUGGUGUGGAUUUUGAUUGACUUUGGUCUGUUGUUGUACUACACGGCGCCGUGCAUAGGGCCGGGCUGCGCUAAGGAGGCCGCAGUGGACGAUCAAGGCCCAAUCCAACGCAUGAUAGAAAAGGCCAAUGAUUGGAUGCAACACAGGCCAGAAGAAAGGAAACAAAUUGAGGUUCCGCGGCAAUUCAACUCGGAUGGCCCAGGAGAGAUGGGCAAACCAGUGAUCAUCGAGCCCGAGAACAAAGCGGAGUCAGAGAGACUCUUCCGAAUCAACGAGUUCAACCUCAUGGCCAGCGACCGGAUAUCGGUCAAUCGGUCACUGCCGGACGUCCGGCCGCGAGGGUGUGCCAACAAAGUUUAUCCUAAAAAUUUACCCACUACCAGCGUUAUCCUAGUAUAUCACAACGAGGCGUGGAGCACGUUAUUACGCAACGUUCACAGCAUUAUAAACCGGUCGCCGCGGGAUCUGCUGGCCGAAAUUAUUCUGGUAGACGACGCCAGCGAUCAGGAGCAUUUAGGUAAAAAAUUAGAAGACUAUGUCGCCAAACUGCCCGUGCCAGUGCGCAUCACGCGCAUGCCGGAGCGAUCAGGUCUUAUACUUGCCCGCAUGACGGGGGCGGGAAUAGCCAAGGGGGACGUACUGACGUUCCUGGACUCCCAUUGCGAGGUUACGGAGGGCUGGCUUGAACCGCUUCUGGGAAGGAUAGCUGCCGAUAGGAAAACAUCUGUUUGCCCAGUUAUUGACGUGAUUAGUGAUGAGAACUUUGGAUACCAACAUGGGAACGAUCCACAAAUGGGCGGCUUUGGCUGGUCCUUAUUCUUCAAAUGGUACCCCAUUCCGCACAGGGAGCGGCUACGUAGGAGAGGGGACAACACAGAACCAGUCCAAUCUCCGACAAUGGCGGGCGGUCUGUUUGCCAUUGACAAGAAAUAUUUUGAGGAGCUGGGCAUGUACGACCCCGGCUUCAAAAUAUGGGGCGGGGAAAACCUAGAGCUCUCAUUCAAGUUAUGGAUGUGCGGCGGCAAGCUAGAAUUCGUCCCCUGCUCCCACGUGGGCCACGUCUUCCGCAAGAAGUCCCCUUACCACUUCCCCCCGGGCACCAACUACGUCAACAAGAACAACAAGCGUCUGGCCGAAGUCUGGCUGGACGAGUACAAGAACUUCUACUACCGCAUCUCGCCCGUGGUGGCCAAGACGGACGCUGGGGAUCUCUCGGAGAGACACGCGCUCAGGGAAGGUCUUCAUUGCAAGAGCUUCAAGUGGUAUCUGGAGAACAUUUACCCGGAGUCUUCGUGGCCGGUGGACUACAAAUCCAUGGGAGAAAUCCGCAACGUGCAAAAUAACAAAUGCCUGGACACCAUGAUGAAGGACAGCGGACACAAAGUGGGCCUCUUUGGUUGCCACGGACAGGGAGGCAAUCAGAUCUGGGCAAUGACGAGACUGCAGGAGCUCCGACAUGACGACGUCUGUCUGGACGUGGCCAGGGGCGGGCCCAUCAUGAUGCUGAGCUGUCACUCACAGGGUGGCAACCAACAAUGGGCACAUAAUACCGAGACCAAGGAAUUGAAGCACAGUAAUGGAUUAUGCUUGGAUCUAUCGGAUAAAUCACAAGAUGAACCCAGCAUGAAACCCUGCAACGGACACAAGUCCCAGCAAUGGGACAUGACAAGCUGGAACUGGAAUGAGAAGGUUUAACGACCGGAAAAAACAGUAGGAAAACUUUGGACAUAAUGUAUGCCUUGAGAAUAUUUGGGAAAACAUGGAUCUAGUGUUGGAAUAUCCAUGAAAAAAAUGAGUUGUUUUAAGGAUGGACAAGCCGCCGGAAUGACAUUGUGAGUAUGGAAUUUCCGGGAAAUGCCUUAGGAAUUGUUUUGGGAAAACCUGGAAUUUGCUGUAGGAAAUUCCUUGAUAAUAAGAAAAGAAGCAGGCAUUUUGUUGGAAAUUCCUUGCAAAUGAGAAUGUUUCAAGUCUGGAAAAGAUACAGAUCGAGACAGGUCAUGCACUCGUGAAAGUCGUGAACAAUUUGAAAAACUGAUGUUUUCGGGAAAAUCCUUCCAAAAAGUGUGAUGAAAAGGUAAAAGUUGUUCCAGCGCCAGCAAAAAUUGUCUCCAACAUUUUUUGUCAAAUUCAGCAGGAGUUCCAUGGAAGCGUAAACAAAUUUUAAGAAAUUAUGGAAUCAGAUGAAUGGUUGUGAAAAGGUAACAUUAUUUCUGGGGGAAAAAACCCUAAUUUUCAGUAUUACUAUAAAGGGGAAAAGGUCAUGCAGCCAAUGUCACGAAAAAGUGCGUAGGACUUGCGCAGACUUGCGCAACAAAUUUAUUGCGCAUCUGCGCAAUAAACUUACGAUCGAUUUCACGAAGCUUGGCGUAGCUGCGCAACGUUUUAAAUAAUCUAAACAUCUUGGACAAGGAUAAUAACAGCGUUUACGACAGCAGUUUGUGUAUGAAUUUGUUCGUUCUUGAAACAGUCGUUGAAUCACCUCAUUCUACCAUUUUGAAAAGAAUUUUGUCCGCCUUUUUUCGAAAUUGUUUGGCAACUCUAAAACUUCUGUCACAAGUAAAAUAGCAAUUCUGUGCCUCAAACACCAAGCUGUGAGUGUCUUGUAUCAACCUUGAUAAGCUGUGCAAUGAUAGGCUCCAUGACGAUCACGAUUUAUUUAUAAAAUAGAUCAGUUUCAGUUGCGUACGCCACCUAAAAUGAUUGUGCAAGUUACGCCGUAAUUUAUUGCACAAGUCACGGACUUGCGCACCAUGAAACUUUCGUGAAAUGUGCCAUAAGUGAAAUGUUGCGCAGUUUAAAAUCUUGCUCAACUGACGGAAUAAAUUGUGGCACAAGCGGAGUCCGAAAACGUAGAAAUAUGGUCCGAAAACAUAGAAAUCAUCACGGAAUAAUUUUACUGUGGAAUGUUGCACGAAAACCAAUAAAGCAUAUCCCCAUGCAUUUUUGUAUCAAUAUAUACCGCACACCACUGACCACAAAAAUGAAUCUUUUUCGGGUUGAAAUUACUCGAAAAGCCAAUGCAAACUUGUGUUGAAAAGUAGAAUUUUAAGUCAAACAAGACAAAUGCAUGAUAAGUGUCCAGCCUUUGAAAAAUUCAUGUGGAUACCACUGUUGCCUUUUUAACUUACAAUGGCAUUAUUUUCCUUUAUUAUUUUUUUUUUUCAACCAAAGAGAAAGUAUUUCUGCUAGCAUUAAUUCUCAGUUUUUAGUUGCAAAAUGUCAAAAAAGGAAAGAAGGCCAUUUUUAAUGUGGAGAAUUUUUUUCUGCAGAUUUUCUUUCAAAAUGCAACUCAUUUGUUAGUAAGCAUUGUUUAUCCAGACGUUUUUUUAGCAAAUUUAUUUAGCCAACUCUCCCUUAUCUCAUAUAUAUUAGCUUCCUUUUUUGGGGGGAACAAUAUUGUUUGUCACGUAUUAAAUAGUUUUUUUGUCUUUCAAAAGGUUUACUUAAGGAGCAUUGCAGGAAUUUGUUUUAAUGUAGAUACUGUCUAUAUAUUGUAGACUUAUUUUAAAGUGUUUCUUCAAACCCUGUGCUUUGUUGACAGCAAAUGUAGUCAGCAUUCUUCGUCGGUGAUCGGCCAUUUUCGUUUACAAAUUUCAAAUAGGCUUAAAGCACUCUGUUUAUUGGUCGAAAUGUAUUGUCCGUUAACAAUAUAUUUACUACUUGUUGCAAGGACCAAGGGUAAGGGAAAACAUUCAUGUAUCAGACAGCUAAGGCACAUACGUUCUUUGGAACAUUUCACAUUUUUCUGUUUUGUGAGGAAGUUUUGUUUUUUCAAAUAUUUGUAAUUUAGGGCUGCCGAUUUAGUUUUUUUCAAAUUUGCAUAUUACUUUCCGUAGAAAGUGUUUUGAUUUCGUGUGGUCGUGUAUCAUUAACAAAUGGUUAUAAAUGGUGGGGAAAAAAUCCUUUUCCUUUUUGGAAAAGUGUACAUUUUGCUAAAUUUCAGACCUAUGUCCAAUUUCCAGUUGUGGAAAUAGUGACAUAUUUUGCAAACUUUUCAAAGAAAAAAAACGCAAAAGUUUUUUUUCCCUUUUAAGUGGGAAAGGGGAUUUAGCCUGUUCUUGUAGAUUUGUACAGCAUUUUCUAUCUCGUAGGUGCAAAAAAAAGAGAUGAUAAUUAUAACAAUCAAAGUGUGUGUUUCAUAAAUGCAAAUUUUGGUAAUUAGCAAUGAUUGUAAUGAGCUGGCUACUUAAUCUAAUAUAUUGAACAUAGACAAUAUUUUUCCAAAAAUUGUAUCAAUUUAGCAACUGCAAAGCUUUAUGUUCAUAGCAGAAAAAAAAAUCUUUGUAUUGUAUUGUAGAUUUUCGAAAUAGUUACAUUUCUUCCAAUUUUCUUUUUUAAGAAGCAUGCCCGUCUCAACGUCUUCAAAUAUAGUUAUUGGUGCCAAAACUAAAAAUACUAAAAAUAUAAAUAUUCAUUUGAAUACUGCCCUCUGUUGACCACAUUGAUAUAUGUUGUAUUUUCAGUUUUAAAUCAACUUGUCAAUGUGGCUUUUUUGUCAAUUUUAAAAAAGAAAGAGAAUUUAUCUUUGGAAUUCGGUGCUUUGGUUUCAUGUUGGACAUUUGGAUAGUAACUUUCAGCCGCGUAAUGUCAUUGAUUUUAAUGUCAUGUGCGGUACUAAAGUGAGAUUGUUGAGAGUUCGCGGUGGGCUGUAUUAACACAACUACUCAGUUUUUCUUUUGAUGAUAAAAAAAAACGAAACAUAUUCAAACCUCAACAAAGCCUCUGACAAUUUUCAGAGUCGUUUUUGAAAAGUUCUGUUAGAACAUCAUCGAUUUUCAAAGCAUCAGUUUUAGCGUUCCCCCACCCCCCUUCCCUUCACCACCUGAGAAUUUACUCCACGUCUGUAUGUCAUUUUGGGGUUUUGGUUUUCAAAUCGUCAAAAAAACUGAUGGUAGUAUCAUGCUGGAAAGAUACUUAUUGGAAAUGAUGCUUUGGUUGGUUUUCGGAAAGAAAUACAGAAGAAUUGUUUCAGUUUGCAAAAGGGUUGUACAUUUCUUUUUGAGAAACUAACAUUGUAACUAAAACUGUAAGACGAGAAGACAAUCAAUUUUUUGUAUCAAUAGAAAUGCAUAAUUAAUACACAAGUGCCUUUAAUUGUAUAAUCGAUAUUUGGUCAGCAGAGAAUUUGUUGAAUAAUGCACAAUAUGUUUGCUGUAUUGUUUGUACAAAAACAGUUGUUUCCUGUGUAUUUUAUUUCAAAGCAUGUUGUAGUGUUGAUAUUUGUUAUUUUCCCCCAUAUAUUAUUUCCAGAUUUUGUUUCAUAAUGACAACCAGUUAUUUUUAUCGGUUUAUGUCGGCCAUGUGACUGUAUGCUAAUUUAGGGUUAGUUUCUUUUAAAAUGAUAAAAAUGUCAAGCAAUAUUUUAUCUUGUAAGUGUAAAAUAAAUUAAUAAAUAACGAAAAAAAAAUAAUA